GUUCUUCCUUCUUCAGCCGCAUCUUUCUUCUUCUUCUUCCAGGUUCUUCAUUUUCCCGCCUAUUUAAACAACAAAAUGAUCUCUCAAUCCAACAUUCUCUCGCAAAAUCCUUCAUUUCUUCACCUCUCUUCAAGGUCUCCACCCUCGCUCUUCAACGGAACAACCAUACACUUUCCUUCCAAUCCUUCUCUCUCCAAUCUCACCUUCCGUCCUCUUCUUCACCGUCAGAUCUCACCAAUCAUGAAUUCAAAUUCCGAUCUCUCCCUUCAGAUUUCUCCCGUCGAUUCCGAAUUCGAUCGAUUCCUCGAAGUGGGUAACGAGCUGGCCGACGCCGCUGGCGAGGUCAUUCGAAAGUACUUCCGCAAGCGUGUUGAUAUUAUGGAUAAAGAAGACUCGAGUCCUGUGACGAUUGCGGAUCAAGCUGCUGAAGAAUCUAUGAUUUCCCUCAUACAACAACACUUCCCUUCUCAUGCAAUUUAUGGUGAGGAAAAUGGUUGGAGGUGUAAAGAGAAGUUUGCAGAAUAUGUUUGGGUGUUAGAUCCAAUAGAUGGUACUAAAAGCUUCAUCACAGGGAAGCCAUUAUUUGGAACCCUCAUUGCUUUGUUACACAAAGGUAAACCGAUCAUGGGCAUAAUUGAUCAGCCUAUUCUAAAGGAGAGAUGGAUUGGAAUGAAGGGAAGGAAAACUAUAUUAAAUGGGGAAGAAAUCUCCACACGAACUUGUUCUAAGCUUUCACAAGCUUAUCUGUACACAACUAGCCCUCACCUGUUUAGCGGAGAAGCUGUAGUAGCAUUUGAAAGAGUUAGGAAUAAGGUAAAGGUUCCCCUUUAUGGUUGCGACUGUUAUGCCUAUGCUCUCCUGGCUUCGGGUUUUGUCGAUCUCGUGAUCGAAUCUGGUCUUAAGCCCUAUGAUUUCCUUGCACUAAUACCAGUAAUAGAAGGAGCAGGUGGAAUUAUAAGUGAUUGGAGUGGGAAAGAACUUCAUUGGGAACCUUCUUCAGAAUCACAACCAAAAAGUUUCAAUAUAAUUGCAUCUGGAGAUAAGAACCUUCACAAGUUGGCUCAAGAGGAAUUAGAAUGGCAGUAGUAGCUUGAAACAAAUUUUAAUUUAAUCUUCUCAAAUUCUGAUUUUGUUCCAGAUUUCAUAAAUAAUUGAAUCCUUUCUUCUAAUUUGAUUUGGAUAAAUAACAUUUAAAAUUCAUGAAAGUGAUUUGAUUUGAUUCAUUACAUGUUUAAAAUGAAAAUCAGAAACAAACAAGAGGGGAAAAUAGUUUU